AACCAGGCACUUGAAUUUUAACAGGUUUAAAACAUCAGGACCCAGGGAUGUAUAAAGGAUCUCCUUAUUCUGGAUACCCUUUCCUCAUGCUGUCUGAUCCUUACCUGCCAAAUGGAUCUAUGUCACCUUUGUCUAACAAAGUUCCCGUAGUACAGCCAUCUCAUGGGGUCCAUCCACUCACCCCACUCAUCCCAUAUAGCAAUGAACAUUUCAGCCAUGGCUCCCAUUCACCACACCUGCCAGCCGACAUCAACCAGAAACAAGGUGUACACCGUCCUCCUCAGACAUCAGAUAUUUCUGGUUUUUAUUCCCUCCCUCCCAGUGGGGUUGGACAGAUAACACCUUCUGUGGGAUGGCAGAGCCAACCUGUCUGCCCAUUCCAGUCAUGUGGAUUUAGACAGCCCUAUACGUCGGCGCUUUCUGCUGGGGCUACUUUCUCCAGGAUUACACAUCCUUUGGUGCUUAGCUCUGGAAUGCAUGCACCAGGCCUCCCACACCCAGGCAUCACAUCUCCAUCUGGGAAACAAGAAAUGGAUCAUUACGACCGAAGCAUGAAAUCACAAUCUGAACCAAAGAGAGAAAAGGAAGCUAAGAAACCUACCAUCAAGAAGCCUUUGAAUGCUUUUAUGUUGUACAUGAAAGAAAUGCGGGCAAAGGUCAUUGCUGAAUGCACCUUGAAGGAAAGUGCUGCGAUCAACCAAAUUUUAGGAAGACGGUGGCACGCAUUGUCACGAGAGGAGCAAGCCAAGUAUUAUGAACUGGCCCGCAAGGAAAGGCAGCUUCACAUGCAGCUCUAUCCUGGCUGGUCUGCAAGAGAUAACUAUUCUUCUUCAGGCUCUCCAUCCCGUGAUCACAUACAGUUUAAUUCAGGGCCCCUGGAAUUCAGCAGCACUUCCUGGCCAGCUUCUGCGGCAAGGGGAAAAAAGAAAAGACGAACAAGAGAAAAGCAGCAAGAUUCCAAUUCAGAUAACUCUCUUCACUGUUCUUAGGAGGAAAAAGAAGUGCAUUCGGUACCUACAAGGAAAAGGACACUGCUCCAGCCCAGUUUCUUCCAAUGGAAGUACUAUAGAUUCCCCUUCCUCCCCUUUGGAUGUGCUCCAGUGUACAUCCCCUGCUUUUAUUCCAAACAAGCUUGCUGCUCCUGCUGAUCUUAUACACCAAAACCAAGCCAAUCCUUCUUCUUUAUCUGCACGUCUCAAAACUGCUACAAGCACAUCAGGACUUCCUUCUAAUAAAUGUUCAACAAUGCCUCAUAAAUCCAUAAUGCCAGGUGAAUCCUCAGGGCACAAUAUGGUAUCAAUAGGAACAUAGUACUAAUGUGAUAUCAAGGCGCACAGAUUCAUCAGGCACUUUGCUGAUUGGUUCUGCUGCAUACAGAAGCUACAGAGACAACUUCAGCCUGCCAUCAAAUGGUAUUGUCUUAAAAUCAGUCAAAUCAGAAAACAACACCACUGCAGCACUAAAAGUGUUGUCUAAGUAAGGACAUCAACAGUCUCUUUGAAAAGUAUGAAGAUAAACUUAAUUCUGGUCAGUAACUGAAUUAUUUAAUCUCUUUUCCAAUUAAGAUAAAAACAAAAUACACUGAUCUAAUUGCAGAUGAGAGGUGCUAUAAACGUUAAGGCAUUUAUUAAACUAUUAUAGUCAAAGUGCUGAGGUUCAGCAGUCCAAUCGAUAUUACACAUUACAAAAGCAGUUGUUGAAUGACAAGCUCAAAUGUUCCACAGAAAAAUUAUAAAGCAGCUUGUAAGAAACGAAAAUAUUUAAUUAUGCCUCAUUUUUGGGAUCAAGGGUGGAUUGCAUUCGCAAAUGUUUAUUCCAGCAGCUUUAUUAGGUGAUAAAAUAGGAGAAAACACUGGCUGUGAAAGUCUACCUAAUAUUCCAGACAUAGGGCUGUGUGCAUCACAAUUUUUCAGCUAUAAAGACUUUUUAUGCUAUCUACUGUAAAAUAUGCAAAACUCAAAAAUACUUAUUUUUCACAAUUUACUGUACUUUUGCUAUGUAAUCAAUGGGAACUAAGAAAAGGAUAUAAGCGGUGCCUCUGAUCACUAAGAAUUUACUCUGCAGUCUUUGUGGCUUCUUAAAAACUUGCCAAGGUUUACCUACCGUCUAUUUCAAGCCAAUUGUGAUAGCGCACUCUGCCUAUAGAACCAUUUCUGCAAUUGCAGUAUUGAAGCCUAGUCAUAUUCCUCAUUCUCUGUAUCCCUUUUGUCCAUUUCACAGGGAAGAUAUUUAUUGGAAAGUUAUACCCUUCCCCAGAGCCCAAUUCAUUUUCAGUGAUAAGCAAAGUUGCUUUGAACUUUAAACAUAGAAUCAACACAUAUGGUCCCUUUCUGGUGCUUACUUUAGGGAUGGUAGUUUUUCUGAGAGGACAAAUAUACAAUCACACAUUGAUACCAAUCCCAACAUACUGAGAUAAUACUGGACAAAGAGCAGGAAAAUUCAUAAUGUGGAGUAACUGAAAUGGGUGAGUCACUUCAUUACAACAAACCUUACAUUAACCUUUCUGGGAGUAAAGGAAGGUUGCAAAGUCACAGUUCUGAAGCGUUUGCAACUCUUAACUUUAUGGACUUGAAACUAAAUCACUUAAAUUUAUGGAAUUGAAACUAAACCACUUCACUCCAUCUGAAAGGACCUCAUUUUCAGCAAGAUUAGAGAGAGACUGUAAUGCUGACAGGUUACAGUUUGAAAAUAGGGAGUAAACUGACCAUAAAUGAAUCAAAGGUAGACUUGCAGGUUGAUCUUCCUAAUACUUGCAUGAUGUUUUCAUUCAAGUAACUUAGGAACUCAAUGAAAAUGAGAAGUGAUUCCUAAUCUGGAUUUCUGAACUAAUAUCAGAAACCUUAUUAAAUCAAGAGUAGAUAAGUCGUAAUCUCUCAGCCACUUUUUUCAGGCAUCUGACUUAACCAUACAAUAUAAUACUAUGACUGCUAAGAACAGCUGGUAAUAUUUUCCCCAUGUUUUAGGUGUUCUUUAAAGGCAAAAACUCACCCAAAAAAUGUAGUAUAAAUCCUAAUAAUUCAGCUUCAAAAACUUACCAGAAUUGGGAAAAUCCCAGCCCACAUACAUUUAUCUUACCUUAUUUGUGCCUUUGAGUUAGCUUUGAUCUACAAAACUACACAAACAAGUCCAUGCAGUUUUCUUGAGAACAACUUUCAGAAGUGGUUUGCCAUUGCCUUCAUCCUAGGGCUGAGAGAAUGUGACUUACACUAAGUCACAGUUGAUUUUCUGUCUACAGUAGGACUAGAACAGAACCAUCCAGCUUCCAAUCAGUGCCUUGAGCCGCACAUGAAAUAGUCCUCCAUUAAAACCUUCAGUAUCCCAAGGAAAACUAGGAGUACCUUUUGACAUCAGAAGGUUGCCCAAACUUGAUUUCAAGUCUAUGCAAGAGUACUUCCACAAGAAUAUCAUUUUGAAAUUUUAUUCUUUAAAAUGCUAUACUUGAUUUCUUCCUCCAGAAAGGCUCCCCCAAUUGAUAGUUCAGAGGAACUCUGAAAUUAAUGAAAGCCUCCUGACCCCAAUAUGAUAUAAGCACAGGUCAUAAAUGUAACUGCAUUUGCACCUACAAUCAGACGAGUACAUAACUAGAUAUGCAAAAAUGGAACUGAAUUAAUUAUUCAAUAUUAAUCAGCAUGAUUAUCAUUUAUGUAACUAGGAAGAUAAGCUAUUUUAGUUAAGACUAGAGCAGUCACAAGAAUUUAGAAACAUUUAAAAACAAGAUUCCAAAAAUGCAAGUAUCACUUAAAUACCAAAAAGAGAUGCUUAACAAUGCUGUAUUAAAUUUUCUGUAUUUUAUCUUCCCUAGCUGUGUAAAAUGAAAGCUUUUAUCAUGGUGUUUUACUCACAAGUUAAAUGUAUACACAGCAAGUGCAAUUAUUUGCUUUUCUGAAGAGACUGAAUGUACCAUGUCUUGGAAAUUUAAUAAGCCACCAAAAAAAAAAAAAAAAACUCUGUAUGUAUGUAGCAGGGGAAAAUUUCAUUUGUACAAUUACCAUCUGGAGUUUUGUUUUGUCUUUUUUUAAUCUUGAAUUUGUUUUGCUUCUUUGUUUAAAAUUUGUUUAUGGCUUUAUAAAUAAAAGUGAUCUACCAGAUUGUCCAUUCAAAAAUGGGUAACUGGGGACUGUAAUCCUAUAAAUGUUAUAUUUUUUGUGUGUAUAUUUCCAUAUAUUACAAAAAUAUGUGUACAUCACGUAGUUUGUGAAGAAAACCAAUGAGCCACAAUAAUUUUAGAUCCAUCAAGCAUUCAAAUUUAAAAUUGAAUAUUUAGCACAUUAUCGAACAGUGUUAAAAGGACUUUAUUCUUAAAGACAGUGUGCAUUAACUGCAAUCAAAACUUCAAUCAACACCAGCACCUUAUGUGCAUAAAUCAGCAAAGCUAAAUCUAGUUAGCCACUUGUUGACAAUGGCAGUGAAAAUUGACCGUUCUACCUAUUUUUUUUAUAAUUCUUAAUUUUC